AUGUCGUCGAACAGUCUUGAGGUUUUGCCGGUACGGAGGGGUGGGCCAGCAGCAAUUGACAGCCUCGGCUUCUAUCUGCUGAGCAACAACGCCACGCCGGCACCAGCCAGCCUGACAGACGCCGAGAAGUUAUCCCUCGCACAAGAGGAGAAGUUCUGGACGAGCCGCAUCUGCUGCUACCUUCGGCUGUCUCUUGAGCUCCAGCGGCAUACGACCUUGUCAGACGGUAACAACAACGUGGGGCAGGGUAACAGCGGCAGCGGCAGCAGUGGGAGCAGUACCCACAACACGGCAGUUGAGGUGGCGGCACUCGUAGAGGCGCAGCGGCGCGUCGGGUGGCAGAUGCGGCGCCGCGUGUGGCAGUUCAGAGGAGUUCCGCACCCUACACUGCGGCGGCUGCUGUGGGGUUUUUUCAGCGGCGCGCUGCAGCGCCCGGCGAGUGUGGUUCGCACUCACCACGCGGCUUACGCCGCCCUCACCGCGGCGCCGCCAGACGAGGAAAUUGCCGACGUUAUUCAGCGGGACUUGGGCCGCACGUUGCCAACGCACUGCCUUUUUGUGGGCAACGGUUCAGUGGGUCAAGCGGAGCUGCGCCGUAUUCUCGCUGCUUUCAGUCGCCUCGACCCCGCGGUGGGCUAUUGCCAGGGCAUGGCAUUCAUUGCGGCGGUGCUGCUGCUGCACGCGCCAGAGGAGGAGGCGUUCGCGAUGCUCGUACAGCUCUUCUUCUCGCCGUUGUACCGACUGCGCGAGCUCUACCUCCCCGGAUUCCCGCUGCUGCGGAUUUUCUUCGCGGUGCUGCGCCGCCUCAUUGAGCGGCUGCUGCCGACACUCCACCGUCAUUUUGAAGAUGCCGGUGUGGACGUCGUCUUCUUCGCCUCGCAGUGGUUCCUCACGCUGUACACGUACCAGUUCCCCCUUGACUUUUCCUGUCGUGUGUGGGACCUCUUCCUCGUGACGGGGUGGCGCGUGAUGUUCCAGGUGGCUAUUGCCAUACUGCAGGGGGAGCAGGAGCAGCUGCUUGCGCUCGACAUGGAGGCAACACUGCUGUGGCUUAAGGAGUGCCAUGAGGGCAGGUCGACGGACGAGAUGCUGCACCGCAUUGUGAAUGUCCCGCUCACGCAGGAGGACUUCGCGCUGAUGCUGGACGCGGAGGGGGUGCGUGUCGACGAUGGCUAA